GCGGAGCUCAUCGAGCAGACAUCCGUUCCAAGGGACCUGCCACUCACCAUCACACCUUGCUGUCAUCCUGCGGCAUAUAUUCACGCAAGUACGCAAUAUCUCACCGAGGUCUAACCCCGUACCGUAUUGCACUUUUCUCAUAGUGUCCCGCGCCGCGCGUUGGCGAUACACCUCAACUGGAGGAGGUUCAUCCCUACCGCCACUUCAUCAUUGUUGCUACCUGGCAAACCCAGCCCCGCGUAUCUUGCCCACGGCUAGCCUGCAAACAACAUGUCGGCGCAUCCAGCCCUGGACGAAGUUGAACCCGAAUUAGAACAACGGCAGCAGCAGCAGCAGCACUUCGUCACCAGGACCCGCGAUCUGACCUUGUUCACAUCGCGUCACACCAUGCUGAUGCCGCAUAUGUCCUCAUUUCCUACUUCGUCGCCGGCUGCCGAGAGUGGCGAUGCUACCCCGCGAGAGUCGGCCUCGAGAGCGGCCACCAUUGUUGAUGCCCAACCAACUGCCCUGGUUACGGACUCUUCAGACUCCGAGCACCUGGAAAUUCACGCUGGGGCCCCUGCUCAUGACGGGAUGCAGCCAGCCACGGGACAAUCUGUGCAUGUUUCAUGCCCGUCACCAGAUACGAUAGCCUCGUCGUGGCCAUCCCAAUCCACGCCUGAUGCGUCAUCCAUUCCCAAUCGAGGUUCGCACAGGGAAACAAUAGCAGAUGUAAUAGUGACGAGACGCUCAACCUUGUUGCGUUGGGGGUGGGACUCGCUGAGUUUGGAUGUUUUGCCGAAUGAGAUCUUAACAUAUAUACUUACAUUCUUAGAUGUGAGCGAUCUACUAACCACUUCAAGGAUCAACCAUCAUUUCAGGACACUGUCCUUACACCCCAUUCUACACACCCUGCGCCUCCGGCGCGCUCGCUUCUCAUUACCACCUUUACUGACUUCUCCAUCGCGGCCCACUCUUGCGGAACUAAUCGCACGUCAUAUUUUCUUGACGCACACAACGCAGAUCUCCCGGCGACUCGCGCGUAACCUGGUUGCUAUCCGGCUAUCACGGCGUCUACCAUUACGUCCAUCUGCCGAGACGCUAGUCCAGCGUAGUAUACUUCCACCUGAGGUUGUUGAGGGUAGUGUAGCACCCGGCCUCGUAGCUAAGAAGCGUGCUGUUGAGAAAGAGAAGCUUAAAGACGGCCUUCGGCGUUGGAUUGGUGCCGUCUGGCGCGGCGAAGUUAGAGAGAGGAGCGAGGGUGUUAAGAAGUGGGAAGAGCGUGCUGGUGUUGGGAGGGUGUGGCGGCUGAGGAGGUUCUGGGAGCGCGUGGGAAGGGACGCUGAGAUGGCCGAUGUGAGAUGAAUAACUCCAUCUGCUAUCUAGGAUGAGUACCUCUCACUGUACUCGCCAUCAAUUCCAAUUGAUGGUGAGAUGUUUAUUUCCGUUAUAACGGAGCUAUUCCAAGAUUGGAUGAUUACAUGUUGUAUGAUUUAACGAGUUCCACAGAAUUUGUUUACGGGGAGCUCAUUCCCACGGGGAGUUUUACCACC